AUGGGGCGACUGACAUCCAUCUCCAGUCAUCAACUCCUCUCCUCGUCCCCCCUGGCUCCAGUCGCAACACACCAACCCCUCUGGAAUUUACCCCCCAGCCCGUCGGCUCAGGCCAACCCCAAAAAAAAAAGAGAGAGGCGACGACAAUUCUCCUCUUCAUCCGCCCACGACCAAUUGCACUCCCUUCACGCACGCCCUCGCGGAUUUCCAGCCAUCUCUAAACUCGGGUUCCAUACGCCUCUUCUCUUUGUCGGCACCGGACAGUUCCGUACAGCUUCCCACCAAGACUCUUUGCGCUCGCGCGCGCAUGUCCGUCUACCUUCCCCUGGCUCGCUCCAUCCAUCCAUCCAACCGCCAACCGUUAGACACACGCCGCCCUGCCGACCGCACAACCGCAUCUCGCCAUCGCUCCUGUCCCUUUGUCCGGAGACAUAG